AUGUUAGAUGGUACUAUUUCACAGACUGGUCGCAUUUGGCACCAGGUUCACCUUGCGGUCUCGGCCAAUGGCCAUACCCACUCCAUUCCCUUCCUUGUUUGCCCCAUUGGCAACACCCCGGCUAUACUAGGCAUGACAUGGCUCACUACAGAAUCCCCACUCAUUGAUUGGCAUCAAGGGACAGUCACAUUCCCCAAUCAGGCUCACAUUGCAUCUGAAGAGGAAGCAGACUCUAACCCCUUGUCAGACCUCCCAAAGCAAUACCACAAGUUUGCUAAAGUCUUUGGUGAAGAAGAAUUCAAGGUGCUUCCCCCACAUCGGGAAUAUGAUAUAGCCAUUGAUCUCCUGCCCAAUGCUAAGCUUUCCCCCGGACCUAUUUACGGAAUGACCAAUGCAGAAUCCAAAGCGCUGAAGCAACACAUCGACAAGGAGCUGGCAACAGGCAAGAUCCGCCCUAGUACCUCCUUGGCAGGCGCCCCGGUCAUGUUUGUAAAAAAGGCAGAUGGAUCCCUCAGGCUGGUUGUGGAUUACCAAAAGCUCAAUGACGUAACCCAUAAAAAUGUUUACCCCCUACCAAGACAAGACGAUCUCAUGGCCAAACUCAGGAACGCUAAACUAUUCACCAAGCUAGACUUACGUUGGGGUUAUAAUAACGUCCGGAUCAAGGAAGGUGAUGAAUGGAAGACCGCCUUCCGCACCAAAUAUGGGUUAUUUGAGUACUUGGUCAUGCCCUUUGGUCUUACAAACGCCCCGGCAGCAUUUCAGCACUUCAUGAAUGACUUGUUUAGGGACCUCAUUGACGUCACCGUGGUCAUUUACUUAGAUGAUAUACUGAUCUUCUCCGAAGACCCCAAGGAACACCCAGCCCAUGUGAGGGAAGUCCUGUCAAGGUUAAUGAGAAAUCAACUGUUCUGCAAAUUAUCGAAGUGCCACUUCCACGUCACCACGGUUGAUUACCUGGGUAUUGUCAUAUCUCCUGCAGGCUUCUCAAUGGAUCAAAAGAAGAUUGAGGCCGUCACAACCUGGCCCCAGCCCAAAACAGUCAAGCAGGUCCAAGCCUUCCUAGGGUUUGUUAACUACCUUAGGCGCUUCAUCCCCAACUUCAGUUCGGUAGCACGCCCUCUUCACAAUCUUACAAAGAAGGAGACCCCUUGGUCAUGGGAAACCUCAGAGGAAGCCGCGUUCAGAGAAUUAAAAGCAUUGGUCACGCAAUCCCCAGUCCUAAUCCAUUCCAACCCAGCGCUACCUUAUUACCUGGAAACAGAUGCAUCAGGGGUAGCAAUGGGGGCGAUACUCAGCCAACGAGGACCAGACAACCGAUUACACCCCAUCGCUUACAUGUCCAAGUCAUUCUCAGGAGCGGAAGCUAAUUACGACACCCACGAUAAAGAGCUCCUGGCUAUCAUUAAAGCACUAGAGGAAUGGAGAAUAUUCUUGGAAGCAACGGACAAGCCAGUACAAGUCUUCACGGAUCAUAGGAAUCUGGAGUAUUGGAUGCAGGCACGGACAUUCAACCGCAGGCAUGCCCAAUGGCGUGUAUUCUUGAGCGAUUUCAACUUUGAAAUCCACUAUCGCCCAGGAAAGCAAUCAGGGAAACCGGACGCGUUGUCCAGAAGAUCAGUGUUAUAA